UUCCGGUGAGAGGAGAGAGAAACACAACAAGAGAGAGGAGCAGAGAGGAGAAGAGAGGAGAAGAGAGGAAGAAGGAGAAACGGAAUAACAGAGAGAAGGAGAGAGGAGGAGAGGAGGAGAGGAGGAGAGGAGGAGAGGAGCUCCUCUGUUCCCUCCGCGCCGCUCAGCAUGUCUCAGUCCCCGGACUCCCGCAGCCUGCUGUCGGCCUCCUCCCAGCUCAACCUGAUGGAGGUGGACUCGAUCGACGAUAAGGAGUUCGACAUUCCCCAGGUGGACACGCCCCCCACGCUGGAGAGCAUCCUGAGCGAGGUGGAGGAGGAGGAGGAGCCCUUCCUGCUGGAGGACACCUGCAUCGUCAACACCGACAACAUGGACGCCCACUCCUGUGACACGUCAUCCCUGGCCAGCUCCGACAGCGGAGACCCGGCGCACCUCAAACGAAAGAGGAGGACGGUGGAUUUGAAUGCAACAGUUCACGGGUCUGUUCUCCGACACACCCUGUUGAAGGGUAUCUCUGCUCAGAUCGUCUCUGCUGCGGACAAAGUGGACGCCGGACUGCCCACAGCCAUCACGGUGUCGGGGGUGAUCGCGGUUGGAACGUCUCACGGUCUGGCUCUGGUCUUCGGAAAAGAUACCAACCAGGCUCUGCGGCUCUGUCUCGGCACCAAGACCACCGGGGCCGAGUUCGGCGCCGUCUCCGCCCUCAGCGUCAACCACGACUGCUCCAGGCUUCUCUGCGGCUUCGCCAAAGGACAGAUCACCAUGUGGGAUCUGGCCAACGGGAAACUCCUGAGAACCAUCACAGACGCUCAUCCUCCGGGAACCGCCAUCCUGCACGUCAAGUUCACAGACGACCCCACCCUUGCGGUGUGUAAUGACAGUGGAGGUUCUGUGUUCGAGCUGGCCUUCAGGAGGGUGAUGGGGAUGCGCUCCUGCGACUCGCGGUGUCUCUUCAGCGGCUCUAAAGGCGAGGUGUGCUGCGUGGAGCCGCUCAGAGCUCCUCCAGACUUCAGGGAUCAUCCCAUCACCCACUACUGCCUGCUGGCCAUGGCCUCGCUCACCAAGAUUCUGGUGAUUGGACUCAAACCGUCGCUGAAAGUCUGGAUGACGUUUCCCUACAGCAAGUCCGAUCCGUCCAGCGUCCCUCAGCUGGCCUGGCAGUUUGUCCCGGUCCAGAAGACCAUCAACCCCGUCCUGGCUUUCUGCAAAGGAGACACGGUCCACUUCCUCCUGGUGAAGAAGGAGGAGUCGGGGACCAUUCACGUCAUCAAGCAGAGGCAGCUGCACCUCAGCUGCGACAUCAUCAGCUUGAGCUGGAUCAACAGCCGGACCCUGGUCCUGGUGGACAGCCACGAGAAGCUGCAGGUGGUGGACCGUCCCAGUCAGGAGGUCCUGGAGACUCUGGACCUGGAGCAGGUCCAGCUGGUCUACAACAGCCGCCACUUCAAGUCCCUGGCCACCGGGGGCAACGUGUCCCAGGCCCUGGCCUUGGUGGGAGAGAAGGCCUGCUACCAGUCCGUCUCCAGCUACGCCGGCCAGAUCGUGUAUUUGGGCACCAAGUCGGCUCACAUCAUGGCUCUGAGGAACUGGAGAGAGCGUAUCGACUGCCUGCUGAAGCAGGAGCACUUCGUGGAGGCUCUGUCUCUGGCCUGGUCCUUCCAUGAAGGGACGGCUAAAGCCGUGGUGGGCCUGUUUGGGGACCCGCUGAAGAGGAAGGGCGUGGUCAGCGACAAGAUGGUGGAGAUCCUGUUCCAGCUGGCAGAGCACGCGCUGAGGAAGUGUCCGGAGCAGGGCAAGAUCCAGGUGAUGGAGCAGCACUUCCAGGACGUGGUUCCAGUCCUGGUGGACUACUGCCUGCUGCUGCAGAGACCAGAGCUGCUGUUCGACGAGCUGUACCCCCGCCUGCUGGAGAACAUGGUGGCCAAGAGCGUCUUCCUGGAGUCCCUGGAGUCCUACAUCGUGGCGGACCGGCUGGGCCAGCUGACCACGCCCGUCCUCCGGGACCUGCUGGCCCACUACCACAGCAGCGGCAUGCUGGACAGCCUGGAGCGCUGCAUCGUCCACCUGGACGUCACCAGCCUGGACAUCCAGCAGGUGGUCACAGUGUGCUGGGACAAUCAGCUGUACGACGCCAUGAUCUACGUCUUCAACAGCGGCAUGAACGACUACAUCACCCCCAUGGAGAAACUCUUUGCAGUGAUUGGUCCGACUCUGAGAGAGGGGCGGAGCCUAUCAGACGGAGACGUGGUGAUGGGAAACAAGCUGCUGGUGUACAUCAGCUGCUGUCUUGCUGGCAGAGCGUACCCUCUGGGGGACAUCCCUGAAGACCUGGUGGUCCAAGUGAAGAACCAGGUGUACGAGUUCCUGAUCCGGCUCCACUCGGCCGACUCCUCAGAAGACGAGGAGGUCUUCCCCUUCAUUCACACCCUGCUGCACUUCGACACCCGGGAGUUUCUCAACGUCCUGGCCAUGACCUUUGAGGACUUCAAGAACGACAAGCAGGCUCUGGAGUACCAGCAGAGGAUCGUGGACAUCCUGCUCCAGGUGAUGGUGGACAACCCGGACUUCACCCCGUCCCAGGUGGGCGGGCUCUUCACCUUCCUGGCUCGCCAGCUGGCCAAACCGGACAACACGCUGUUCGUCAACAGGAAGCUGUUCGAUCAGGUUCUGGAGUUCCUGUGUUGUCCAGACGACGACUGCAGACACACCGAGAGACAGCAGGUCCUGCUGGAGCUGCUGCAGGUCGGAGGUGUGGUUCAGUUCAAUGAAGAGAAACUCUUGACCCUGGCAGAGAAAGCCAAGUUCUACCAGAUCUGUGAGUUCCUGUAUGAGAAGAAGCAUCUGUACGAGCGGAUCAUUGACUGCUACCUGAACGACCCCCUGAGGAAGGUGGAGAUCUUCAGCUACAUCCACAAUCUGCUGUCCAUGCCAGGCUACAGUGACGAGGAGAAACAAGCUGUGAGGAGCAAAGUACUGCUGCACAUCACGGAGCUGGUGACCCUUGACCCCGGCAGGUCGGCUGACCUGGUGUUGUUCCACUUCACGGAGGAGGUCCAGCAGAUCGUCUCGGAGCUUCAGGACGACCAGCUUCUCUUCCGGUUCCUCAGCUGCCUGCUGGAGCCCCGAGACGGGCCGUCCUCGGAGCGGCUGCUGUCCCUGCAGCAGGUCUUCCAGGAGCGGCUGCUGGAGCUGACGUGCCGCUUCGCCCCGGAGCAGCUGCUGGUCUUCCUGCGCAGCGCCCGGCACUACCGGCUGGAGCAGGCCGUCGACGUGACGCGGAGGUACGGCUGUAACCAGGCCACGGCCUUCCUGCUGGAGCAGAAGGGGGACGUCCAGGGAGCCUUCUCCGUCCUGCUGCAGACGCUCCGGGACAAGCUGCAGCUGCUGACGGCCGAGGGGGGAGGAGGAGGCGGCGAGGAGGAGGACCAGCAAGAGGAGGAGGAGGAGGACGGGGGAUCGGCGCUGACUCACGUCAAAGAGUCCCUCAGUGGCAUCCUCAGCUUUUCUCACCGGAACUGUCAGAACCUCAACCAGCAGCAGAGAGAGGCUCUGUGGUUCCCCCUGCUGGACUCCAUGAUGGCGUCUCAGAAACAGGUGACGGCUGUGGACAGACGUGAAGCACUGAAGGAGCUGACGAUGAAGGUCCUGAACUGCAUGAGCAGCUUCAUCUCUCUGCCCGCCAUCAUCCAGCAGAUCCUGCAGGAUCCGGUCUACGGUAAAGGAAAGUUGGCAGAGAUCCAGGGACUCAUCCUGGGGAUGCUGGACACUUUCAACUAUGAGCAGACUUUACUGGAAACCACCACCAGCCUGUUGAACCACGACCUCCACUGGUCCCUGGCUCACCUGCGAGCUGCGGUCACCAGAGGGCUCCACCCCCGACAGGACCACUGCAACAUCUGUCUGCAGCUGUACCGGAGGAGGCAGGACUCCGCCGAGGAGAUCAUCGUCUUCAGCUGUGGACACCUGUACCACCUGCAGUGUCUGCAGCAGAAGCGAGGAGACGGCGCCGCCGUGCCGGAGCCCAAGCGCAGGUGGAGGUGCUACAAGUGCUGCUCCAGUCAGGGAGGGCGGAGCUCGGCCGCCUGCGAGGCGGGGCGGGGCCGCAGCGCCUCUCUGGCCCAGACUCACGUCUCGUCGCAGCAUCUGGAGUCUGGAUCCGCGGCGCUCAGGAAGAAGGUGUGUGUGGAGGCCUCGCUGGACCCUCAGCAGGAGCAGUCCUGGGAUCAGAUCCGCUCUUUAUACCGAGGACCGUCCCGGCUGUCCGUCCUGUCCGAGCUGAGCCACGGCGCCGACCGGUCCUCCCUCCUCGGCCCGGCUCAGGCCGGAGCCGAACACUUCCAGCUGAAGCUCUCCCCUCCUCCGCUGCUGGAGGAGUGAGACCUCCGCCCCGACCUCCGCCCCGACCUCCGCCCCGACCUCCGCCCUGACCUCCGCCCCGACCUCCGCCCCGACCUCCGCCCUGACUCCGCCCACCACUACAUCCCACACUCACUCAGUUCCUCACCUGCUUCAUCUUAAUCCUGUGAUUCCGCUUCAGCUUUCACAUCCUGGUAUCGUCACCGAGUCAGAACUGCUAUCACAGAUCAAGACCCAGUGUCACUGAAGUCUGUUUCCCAUUCGACUGAAAUGUGUCAGUGAAGGUCGAUGUACAGCACAUAUCCCAAUGGGAAACCAACUUCAGCAUUAAAACAAAAACAACUGAAUCAAUGUGAGAUGAGAUGAAACUCCUCUUCAAAAUAAAGGUUCUCAUUUUAUCA